AGAGCAGUGGCGCGCGUUCGCAAUGGAGUGCAGUGAAAGCUCGAGAAAGAUGAGGAGCGAGGUGGCGGACGAGGACGAGGACGAGCAGCGGAUCUGAGGAUGAGGAGUUCGCCGCCGCUCACUUGCUCGAACCUCGCGAUCUGAAUCGGGGUUCGAUAUUUUUGGGGGCUUCGUUGCUUUCUUGCUGUUUGUGCUUCCGAGAAGUUGCCGCUUCUUUUCUUGUUAUCGUCAAGAGAAUGAACGAGUGUUGUGCGAUGUAAAAAUUCUGUAAUGGAGUUCUACGUCGUCAGUGAGUUUUUUUCUACAUCGAGUUAGCUAAUCGCGCGAGCUAAUUAUAGCUCGCGGUUCUCUUGUCGCCCACUCACCGACUGCGUGUCACGACGACCACAAGCAACAGCGAGAGUUUAUAAUAGUGUAUUUAUGAUAUUUUAGGAAACUUCUUUGACGGGUGUCUUCAGAUGAGGUUCGUCUGUUGAUAUAUCAACAGAACUUUUCAAGAACAUAAGUACAUAUCCUGUAGAUAUCAAGCAGAUCAGUGCAAACUAUCAAAUAUAAACAGGUCAUGUACAAGGCUGACAUAAGACAAUAGUGGAGAGCUGACCACUCAAAUGAAAUGACUGAUGAAAUGGUUUCUAACGUACAUUGCUGGGAGAUCUGGUAGAUUUAUGAUUUAUGACUGCUUUUGCGAUAUUUGUCUGCGUUCACGUAUGUCCGAAGAGUAUCGAUUAUGCUAAGGACAACUACCAGGGAUAUCUAUCUUCAAAACAUGAUAGAUCUGUCGAUGCGAACAAAGGGAAGUGUCGCUGAUUUCUAAUUUGAGACGAUCACCUCCUUUUUACUGUAAGUUUUUAGUCAGAAGGAGGUGAUUGUCUUUUCCUUGCGUUGGCUGUAGUUUGUAAUGUCGUGUAGGACGCGGAAGACGAUGGCCACUAAGCCCACUACAAUGCUGAUGAAUACUGAACAGACUAAGAAAUUCGUGUGUCUUUCUUGGCCUCGUGUUCUUUGUAGGUGAUCAUCCAGCAAUUCAAGGUUUAGGUGAAGAGAUUUUGUGUUAAUCAAUUGGGGUCCAUUUCAAUGAAGGCUGUCCCAAGCGGUGGAGAUUUUGGAUGCCAUAAGGAUUCUAUUUGAACAUGUUAUUUUUGCCUUCAGUGUAAUGUACCUCGAUUGGUCAACACAGAAUAAUUCAUGUCUUAAUGCAAAAGAUUUCGUCUCAUCUGAAUUAGUCUCAUCUGAUUUCGUC